AUGGGUGUCGUCGACGACCCAAGCGAACCCGGUCUGCUGCUCCUCCGGUUGGGCCGGGUGGAGGAAGGCGGCAGCGGCGGUUGCCGGAAAAAGCUCCGGCUAACUAGGGAGCAGUCGGCUGUUUUGGAAGAUAAGUUUAACGAGCACAGCACGCUGCUUAAUCCGAAGCAGAAGCUAGCACUAGCGAAGCAGCUGAAUCUGAGGCCUCGGCAGGUGGAAGUGUGGUUUCAGAACAGGAGAGCGAGAACAAAGCUGAAGAAGACAGAAGUGGACUGCGAAUUUCUCCGGCGGCGUUGCGAAACUCUAGCGGAAGAGAACCGGAGGCUACACGGUGAUCUGCAGGAACUGAGAUCUCUGAAGCUGGCAGCGGUGACGCCACUGCAUGCGUCGAUGCUCAUGAUGUGCCCUUCUUGCGAGGGUGUGGCGCUCGGUGAAACUGACGAUGUAGCCAUGGUGAGAGCUUCGCCGCCAUUGAUGAAAGAUACGAUGAAGAAGAAGACUCUUUGUUCAUGA